AAUCAAUCAGUCCAACAAGAUUUGUUACGGUGAGAAGAAGUGUUCAUUUGUGUGAAGCGCGAAUUUCGUUGCCUGAACAAUACGCACAUGGUAAUUCUUAUAUGCUGGCUACGCUGGAUGAAAGCCCAAUAGCAAAUUCGCAAAUUGAUCGCGUAACGCAUGGUUGACCUAACCAGACAAGAGGUUACAAACCGGAAACCGUAGGCAGUGCGUCAAGGCUAACAAGCGCGUAUAUACAAUAAAUUUACAAUCAGCUAUCUAUCAACAAACGUUGAACAAGUGAGUAUUGAACAUGGCAACAGCUGAGAUCGAUGGGUGUAGGGCUGGUGGUAGCACCGCAGAAAUGCAACCAACAGAGGCGGAGAAUAGAUUGUCAGUGGGCUUGGCAUUGGGGCAGGAGAAUAUGGGGGCGAAGGCAUUGGAUACCUCAGAGCCAGCAACCGGUUUGACACACGAAUGUGGUGUUUUUGGCGCCAUCGCUUGUGGCGAUUGGCCAACACAGAUUGAUGUGGCGCACGUGAUUUGUUUGGGAUUGGUAGCGUUACAACAUCGCGGCCAAGAAUCGGCUGGCAUUGUGACAAGUGGAGGCAAAUGCUCGAAAAAUUUUAAUACACACAAGGGUAUGGGUAUGAUCAGUACGCUGUUCAAUGACGAGUCCAUUAAGAAACUCAAGGGCAACCUUGGUAUUGGACACACACGUUACUCUACCUCUGCCGCCUCGGAGGUGGUUAAUUGUCAGCCCUUUGUUGUGCACACACUACAUGGAGCCAUUGCUGUAGCGCAUAACGGUGAACUGGUUAACUCUGAGUCGCUUAGGCGAGACUUGCUUAGCCGAGGCGUUGGUCUGUCAACCCACAGUGAUAGCGAAUUAAUUGGACAAUCGCUAUGCUUAUGUCCUGAAGGUGUCUCCGAGCUGGAGGGGCCAGACUGGCCGGCACGCAUACGUCACUUUAUGCAAUUGGCGCCUCUCUCGUACUCACUUGUGAUGAUGUUUAAAGAUAAGAUUUAUGCGGCGCGCGAUCCAUACGGUAAUCGACCGCUCUGCCUUGGUAAAAUAAUGCCUAUAAAUAUCGAUUCAAAUGCCAAGGUCGACGAUGUCUCCGCCGAUGGUUGGGUGGUAUCCAGUGAGAGUUGCGGUUUCUUGUCGAUUGGAGCGCGAUAUGUGCGCGAAGUGGAACCGGGUGAAAUAGUAGAAUUGACGCGUAACGGUUUUCGCACCAUUGAUAUUGUAAAAUUGCCAGACUACAAGCGUAUAGCGUUCUGCAUUUUCGAAUAUGUUUAUUUUGCGCGCGGCGACUCAAUCUUUGAGGGGCAGAUGGUGUAUUCGGUACGCAUGCAGUGCGGUAGGCAGUUGGCACGCGAGGCGCUUAUCAAUGCUGAUAUAGUGAGUUCAGUGCCGGAGUCGGGUACAGCGGCGGCGCACGGCUAUGCCAGGGAGUCUGGUUUGCCAUUCGCUGAGGUACUCUGCAAGAAUCGUUAUGUGGGUCGCACUUUCAUUCAACCAUCGACGCGCCUACGCAAACUUGGUGUUGCCAAGAAGUUUGGUGCGCUCUCCGAGAAUGUGGCCGGCAAGAGGCUAGUGUUAAUCGACGAUUCAAUUGUGCGUGGCAACACCAUCGGACCCAUUAUCAAGCUUCUACGCGAUGCUGGCGCAGCAGAGGUGCACAUCCGAAUAGCCAGUCCACCUCUGCAGUAUCCCUGCUAUAUGGGCAUUAACAUUCCAACGCGAGAGGAGCUCAUUGCUAACAAUUUGAAUGCGGAGCAAUUGGCACGACACGUAGGCGCUGACAGUUUAGAAUAUUUGAGCGUAGAAGGGCUAGUGAAGGCUGUGGAAAUGAAUAAGAAAUCUUCGAGUCCGCGUAAAGGCGCUCAUUGUACGGCCUGUUUGACCGGCGAAUACCCCGGCGGGCUUCCGGAAGAGUUAAGCUGGUGAAUGGGGGGUGUGUAGAGAUUGAGCGAAAGUGGCUAAAUAAUUUUAAAACUACAUUAUUAUAUUACAUAUCGUCACAUACAGUCACACUUUUAGUUUAUGAAGUGCUGUAAGACAGCGAUAAAUGUUUACGUGCAUAUAAUUGGUUUUCCUUUCCCUUUUUUUGAAUUUGUUUUUGUUUUUUUGCUAAAUUGUGUGUCACAACUUUCACUGUUGUUUAAUUAUAUAUUUAGCAGCUAAAAGAGACAUUUCUAUCAUUUAUUAAUA